UUUAAAAAGAAAACGAGAAAAGAGUGCCAUAUUCGCGUACUCAUUAAAUUAUUAUUCCUUCUUUGCGGUCGUUGGUGCAAAAACCAGAACACAACACUUUCAAUUUUCUAGGGUUUUUGCUUCCAUCACCUUCUCCAAUGGCUGCUUCCUCUCUCCUCAGAUCUGCGCUUCUCGCUCCCUCUCGCUCCGACUUCUCACCUUCCUCUUCCGAUCGCUUCAAGGUGUUUUGCGAUGCCUCAAGUUGUAGUUUAAAAUCUAAGGGAUUACAGAACAGCAUAUUUGGAACUUCAAUUCCUUGUGAAUCAUUAGUCUUUCGAAACUGCAAUGCCCGUAGCAUUCAGCCUGUUAAAGCCACAGCAACGGAAAUCCCUCUCCCCACACAGAAAUCAAGGAGCACUGGGAAGACAAGGGUUGGAAUAAAUGGUUUUGGUAGAAUUGGAAGGUUGGUGUUACGUGUUGCUACUUCCCGGGAUGAUAUUGAUGUUGUUGCAAUUAAUGAUCCUUUUGUUGAUGCCAAAUAUAUGGCUUACAUGUUUAAGUAUGAUUCUACUCACGGUCCAUUCAAGGGGACCAUUAAAGUUUUGGACGACUCUACUUUGGAAAUUAAUGGGAAGCAGGUUAAAGUUGUGAGCAAAAGAGAUCCUGCGGAGAUCCCAUGGAGUGAUUUUGGGGCUGAUUAUGUCAUUGAGUCUUCAGGAGUUUUUACAACAUUGGACAAAGCUUCAUCACAUUUGAAGGGUGGUGCCAAGAAAGUUGUAAUAUCAGCUCCAUCUGCUGAUGCACCAAUGUUUGUGGUAGGAGUUAACGAGAAGACGUACAAUCCAAACAUGGACAUUGUUUCCAAUGCAAGCUGUACAACUAACUGUCUUGCUCCUCUUGCCAAGGUGGUUCAUGAAGAGUUUGGUAUAGUUGAAGGUUUGAUGACAACUGUGCAUGCAACAACAGCAACACAAAAGACUGUAGAUGGCCCUUCUAUGAAGGAUUGGCGAGGGGGAAGAGGGGCUGGUCAAAAUAUAAUUCCAAGUUCAACUGGUGCUGCAAAGGCUGUUGGGAAAGUUCUUCCUGAUCUAAAUGGAAAACUCACUGGGAUGGCAUUCCGUGUGCCUACUCCUAAUGUUUCUGUUGUAGACUUGACAUGUCGGCUUAAGAAGAAUGCUUCCUAUGAAGAUGUUAAAGCAGCAAUAAAGUAUGCUUCAGAGGGACCUUUGAAAGGAAUUCUUGGGUACAUAGAAGAGGAUGUUGUCUCCAAUGACUUUGUUGGUGAUUCAAGGUCAAGUAUCUUUGAUGCGAAGGCUGGCAUUGCGCUCAGUGCUUACUUUGUUAAGCUUGUUUCGUGGUAUGACAACGAGUGGGGUUACAGCAACCGAGUGUUGGACCUUAUAGAGCACAUGGCACUGGUGGGAGCUCAAAAUUGAACACCAAUGUUGCGUCCAUUGUUGCUGAUGUUGAAAUUCUUGUUGAGUUAGGUUAAAUGUUAGUAACUGCUUAGGUUUUCAGAUUUUGGUUUUGAUCUGAUUUUGAUAAGAUGUGAGGUUAAAUGAUCUCAUCAUGUACACUGAAAAUAAAAUGAUAAAGGACAUUCUAAUAGUUACACAAUUUGGAAUUAUCAGGAAUGAAUUUUACAUCCCUUUAAAACGCUCGACAUUUUAAGGGUAUAAACGCAAAAGCUCCUUUUAAGAACAAUUCAAUACCAUCA